CUGUGAUCUAAAGUGUUACAUAGAGAGCCGCCUCCCCACUGUAGUUGCUGGCGCUGUUCUUCUCCUUAGUGCUGAAAUGUGUCGAAUUUCAUUCAUUUCAGCAUUUGUGCGCCGUUUCGUUGUAUAUAACCUCUAAAACGUCCUGUUUAAUGCAUGCGAAGGUUUUAUUACGCAUAACUGAUGAUAAUAAACGCAAUACAUACAGUGAAAAAUUAGAUUCUGAAUUAGAGAGUGGACAAUUGAACACUGCGGAGGAAUUGUUGGAUGCGUUAUGGUUCAUUUUCUUUCAGUUAGAGACUUUGGAGUGCACAGGUUAACACUACAGAAAGCACAAAGAGACAAUACCGGUGCACUGUCAGAAUUCAUACUCUAGGUGCCGCUAUUGGACAACAGUUUUCAAGAUCACAGUGUUAAUCCGCCAUAGUCCCUCCUACAGACUCAUACUGAUGAAUUUAUGUAGGAGGUAUCAGCGUUUAUGCUUUUCGUCUUUGAAAAGCCUGAAUCUUUGGAGAUUAUUAGUUCAUUCAAAAAAAGCACGUUUACUUUUCUUGUAACUGUCGCUGGAUGAUAACAUGGCUUUCUGUGUGGAUUAUUUGCGCUCGUUUGUCGUUUCUCAUCAUCGUCGGAGAUCUACAAUGCAGUUAAAAUGGCAGACCGUGUUUUUCUUUCUCUGUCUUUACGGGAUGGACGUCGUCUUUUGCCAAGCGCGGUAUUCCAUCCCGGAGGAGAUGCCAGAGGGAUCCUUUGUGGGAAGCAUUGCCAAGGAUUUGGGAAUCGAGAUAAGUAGACUGAUUUCAGGAAAAGCUCGAGUUGUAACAAAGGGCGGUCGCCAAUAUGUGGAACUGAGCAGAGACAAAGGCGCUCUGGUAGUGAAGGAGAGGAUAGACCGAGAGGAGCUCUGUAAGCAAACAACGCCCUGCAGCUUCAGCUUUGAUCUGAUUAUUGAGAACCCGAUUCAGCUUCAUCGCAUCACAGUUGAGGUUCAAGAUAUAAAUGAUAAUUCACCAAAAUUUCCGAAAACUACAGUUGAUUUGAAAAUAAGCGAAAAUACAGCUUCUGGGACACGCUUUCCUUUAGAUAGCGCUGUAGAUAUGGACGUAGGUAUUAAUGGAAUACAAAAUUACGCUCUUAGUCCUACCAGUAAUUUUAAAUUAGAAAUUCAUAACCGGGCUGAUGGCAAAAAAUAUGUAGAUAUGGUUUUGCAGCGUGAGUUGGAUCGAGAAGAGCGUGACGAGCUAAAUUUAGUUCUCACUGCAUACGACGGAGGAUCACCGAAACAAUCCAGCAUAGUUCAAAUUCACAUUUCUGUCUUAGAUGUUAAUGAUAAUACACCAGUUUGUAAACAGGCUUUAUAUAAAGCCGAAGUGAAGGAAAAUUCCCCGGUAGGUACUGUUUUAACUACAGUAAGCGCUGCUGAUGCGGAUGAAGGUGUAAAUGGUGAAGUCUCAUAUUCUUUUGCUCAGGCUAGUGAAGACGCAAGGCAUGUUUUCGACAUAAAUUCUGAAACAGGAGAAAUUACAUUAUUGAAUCGUUUAGAUUACGAGACAGAAAAGAGCUAUCAAAUAGAUAUUAAGGCAAUGGAUAAAGGUACCCUGGCUGACACGUGUAAAGUGAUCAUAGACGUUGUUGAUGUAAACGAUAAUCCUCCUACCAUUCAGCUCAUGUCAUUUUCUAAGAUCAUUGCUGAGAAUUCUCCAGUAGGAACCACCGUAGCUGUUAUUAAUGUAGAGGACGCAGAUUCUGGUCAAAACGGAGUCGUGCAGUGCAAAAUAAAUGAAAAUAUACCGUUUAAAAUAGAGUCAUCACUCACUGAUUAUUAUGCAUUGAUUACUGAUGAAAUUCUUGAUCGGGAAAAUAUAGCUGAAUAUAACAUAACCAUAUUGGUCAGCGAUCAAGGAAGUCCAGCUCUACACAGUGAUAAAACACUAACUGUUAAGAUUUCAGAUGUGAAUGAUAACGCACCCGUUUUCGACUCUGAUCAGUACAGAACCUUUAUUACUGAAAACAAUUCACCAGGUGUGGCUGUGCUGACCGUUAAAGCACGCGAUGCUGACUGGGGCCCAAAUGCGCGAUUGUCCUAUUUUUUGGAGGACAGUGACGUAAUGGGCAACCCAGUCAUCUCUUUAUUGUCCAUUGAUUCAGAUAGCGGAGUUAUACAUGCUGUGAGGUCAUUUGAUUAUGAGCAGAUGAAGAGUUUGACCUUGAACGUGACAGCGCGAGACGGUGGAUCCCCUCCAUUAAGUUCUGAAGUUAUGGUGAGAAUCAUUGUUCAAGACCAGAACGACAACGCUCCUCAGGUUCUGUACCCAGUACAGACUGGUGGCUCUGUGGUGGCUGAGAUUGUGCCUCGUUCAGCAGAUGUUGGCUAUCUGGUGACUAAAGUGGUGGCUGUUGAUGUGGACUCUGGACAGAAUGCCUGGCUCUCCUACAAACUCCAGAAAGCCACAGACAGGGCGCUGUUUGAAGUGGGCCCACAGAAUGGAGAGAUACGGACUGUGCGCCAGGUCACUGAUAAAGAUGCAGUGAAACAGAAGCUCACUGUUGUUGUGGAGGAUAACGGACAGCCGUCUCGCUCAGCUGUAGUGAACAUCAAUGUAGCUGUAGCGGACAGUUUCCCUGAAAUGGUCUCGGAGUUCUCGGACUUUACGCACAGCAAAGAAUACAACGAUAACCUGACUUUUUACUUAGUUUUAGCUCUGGCUGCUGUUUCUUUCCUUUUCAUUACUACUGUAGUAGUUAUAAUAUCAGUGAAGAUCUACAGAUGGAGACAGUCUCGUAUUUUCUAUCAGUCCAACCUUCCAGUUAUUCCGUACUAUCCACCCGGUUACGCAGACACAGGAGUUACUGGAACUCUGCCGCACAUGUACAAUUAUGACGUUUGUAUGACGACUAACUCUAGGAAAAGCGACUGUAAAUAUUCUACACUUGGUGGACAGAGUGUUUUAGUGGUGGACCAAAGUUUCUCAGAGACUCUGCAGCGCGCAAUGAAGGAGAAGGAAUUACUGGAAAAUCCAGAAUCUCCAGAAAUGGUAGGUAGGUGCUUAUUGUAUUUAUGGUCAUUAAUUGCUUUUGACUGAUACACCUUGUGGUAUAGGUUAUCUCAUAUUAUUUAUUGUGUCUGUUUUUAUUUUGUUUAAGUUUAAUGAUGAACUCUAGAACCAAAGAAUUUGCUAAUAUUUAACAUUCAAAAUUUCAUACAUGUUGGAGGUUUGACAUACCCUUAGGGCAGCAUGAUAUGAUGAGAAAUAUGUUGGUAUUCAUAUAUUAAUAAUUCCUUGGUCAAAGUCCUUAAACCUUAGAAAAUAGCUACCACUUGUAAAAAUCAAAAUCUCAGAAUUCUGGUGAAGGAGAAAGUCCAACAUUUAAUCUAAGCAAUAGCACGACUGGACAAUUAGAAAAUGUGCUCAUUUUAGCAGGAUAUUUAAAAUAAUUAUGAUAAUAACUACAAAAUUAGUCUCCCGUGAACCCAGAGAAGAAAAUUUGAGAAAUGUUUCGAAAUCUACUGCAUACUGACAAAAGGAGCAAGUGUUUUGUUUUUUUUAAUACAUUCUGUUAUUAAAACUUGCCACCUGGCUAAGGUUUUAAUGACAACUGAAAUGACCCUACAUAAGAAUAUAUAAAUGCUCAUUCCGAUUGUCGUCAUUCGCUGUAAAUGUCACAUUUCCCAAUUUUGACCAAAAUUAACUAAAGUAGCCCUUAUGACAGAUAAGGUCUAUUGGAAGAAAUAUUUACAAAUAUAUAUGAAGGGUUAUGUCAGUUGUCAUGACAAACGUAUAUAGGUGUCAUGUAAACUCACUGGCAGUACUGUAUAAGAAAAUGAUACCAAAAA